GUGCACGCGAGCGCUGCCCUGGAUGGAUCCACCGCGGUGGAGGGAUUCACGGUUCCGCGGGUGUCGUGCUCCGCCGAAGGCGACGCGUUGGGAAAACGGCCGCCCCGCUCGGCGCACGUUCACGUCGGCGCUCGUGUCGUGUCCGCGUGUCGGCGUCGAGAGAGAGAGAGGAAGGACUGAACUUGCCCGCAGUCUGCGUUCGCCGAGGAAGGAGACCGAUUCGAGGGCUCGCCGCGUCGCCGGAGCGGAGUGUUAUUAGCGGUUCAGGCGGUGCAACUGUCGCUUUCUGAUCAUGGACUGCAAAUACAAUAUAGUGAUGGCAUCCUAAUUUCUAGUGCAAGAGAGAAAAGGAAUUUUUUUUUAACACAAAAUUGUGUGGCGCAAAAGAUAAACACCCGGCUCCCAUGCUGGCUGCAAGAGAUCCUCCCCUUCACACCUGCUACUACCAUGCCUGCUACUACCAAGCGCACCAGGAGACAGACACCUGCUCAGAGAAAAAAUGGCCAGAAGGGAAUCACCACCAAGAGGCAAACCUGUAACUCCAACAAACCCAGGGGAAGAGCCACUGAGAGGCCCCAGAAAGCACCCGCAGAACCCAAAAGGUCAACAUCCAGGGCCCCCGCUCAGUCGGGUCAAAGCCCUCGUGGAAGACGGGCUAGUGGGCCCGCUAGUAAAGGCCCCGGGAGGGCCGCUGGCAGGGUCGACCGUACUGUAAGUGUAACAGGAUCUGCGAGGCUUAGGCGGCCGGGCAAUCUGCCUGACCCCUUUGGCGAGUUACAGGACCCCCCGGGGCGAAGGAAGUCCCUGCGUGGCACUCAGGUAUCCGUUACUCCCUGCCAGCCCCUUAAACCUCGCCGAGGGAGGAGAAACAACAGGAGGGUCGCGGGUAGACGAGCGCCGUCACAGCAAGGCAGAACAAGAAACAAGCCCUCGAGCACCAGCGACUCGACUCCUGAGGAGGAAAGUGUGAAUUCCGACACCUGUGAUGCAAAAGAAAGAGUCUCUCCAGUCUCUCUAAAAAAGGAUUUUGAAGUUCCUUCGAGAAUCAAAGACCGGGGUUUAGGACUCGACGCCAGAGAGGGAAGCCCUCUCGAAGCAGAUUCGCCGCCGUGUAAAGACAAUCCGGAGGACUGUGUGAAGUUCAGCUGUGACGGCACCGAAACCCCGGAAGACAAAAACACCCUCAGUCCUGGCAGCAAAGGUGACCUGAGGCGUGUGAUCGGUGUGCGUGAUGAUGUUGAUGGACAGCAAAACCUCUGCAGUGACAUAAGUAAAGAUUGUCCCUCUGUGCUAACGAGUGUCGGUUCACCAGAGGCGCAGGGCGGCUGUGAGGGCGAAGACGCUUCAUCUGUCCUUGGAAAUAAGCCUGAUUGCCCCUCCGGUGACGGUAAGAAAGAUGAUGCGUGUUCUGUCCAUCAAGGGGAAGAUAACAGAGUGGAUCUGAAAGAAAAUAGGACUGAUAAUAGAGCGAUAGUCCUCGCUGACAGAAAAGAAAAGGAAAAUCUUGAGAGAGCAGAGAGUUAUGAGGAUGAGAAACCAGGUGAGGGACAAAAGGAGACUCUGGAUGAGAUGCAGGAGCGCACGGAAAGUCUGUGUCAAUUGAAGACAGGAGAAAACAAAAAGGAGUCUGAUGUUUACAGCAAUACUGCUGACUCCCAACCCAGCGCUCCAGCUUCCGAACCUCCAGAUCCUCCUCACUCUAACAAGGGACUGGCAGCACAGUCAGAAUCACCUCAGCGUGGGACGUCUGUCUCCAACACAGCUACCUCAAAUCCCACCAAAGCGACCUCCACCUCAGAGGCACUUGAGCCAGAGUUUCUGAGUCGGGGUAAGACAGACGCGCAACCGACCCUUCAUGGUGCUAAAUCUCAAUUACCUGGGUCCCCGGUUGUCGACGAACCCGCCCUGGUGGUCCAGACUGUGCUGGUAAAAAGAAAUACGCCGGUUAUUUUCCGUAGCAACUCCCUCAAACCCGGGUGCUUGAGGCAUUCGAGCCACGGGGAACCACGCCGCCCGCAAAGCACCACGAUCCAGACCAAAGACGGCGAAUCUAAUCCAGAGCCUUUGGGUCGCCACGGCGAGAAGGAAACGCCUUUGCCGUCCCCGCCACUCGUCCCUCACACGAGCGUGGAUGCCCCCGCGGCUGACACUAAACCAAACCUCGGCGAGGACGGCGUUGCGGCGGCCGAGGCGGAAUCGCUGACAAAGAUGUCGACUCCCUCCCUGGACAGCAGCUUCACCUUCUCCUGCAGCUCAGAAAGCACUCGAUCCUCUCUUUCCUUCGACACGGAGUCGGAGGCCGGGUACGGAGAGUCCGGCCCCAGCGUUCCACCUGGAGCCUUUGGGCCAGAAGGGGCGUUCCCGCCCUCCUGGACCGGUCCGAGGCCCCAUAGGAAGGAGAAGAAGAAGCGGAGCCGGUGUGGGACGUGUGAGCCGUGCCAGAGGAAGGGCAGCUGUGGCCAGUGCAGUUGCUGCCUCAACCGCAGUACCGGCCACCAGAUCUGUAAGCUGAGGAAGUGCGUGGAGCUGAGGAGGAGGAGAACGUCGCCUCUGCUCGCGCUCUCUGCAGCGCAGGUGGUUCCAGAAAGUGGAUCGGUAAAUGGCAAAGUUAAAGCGCAGAUGGAUGAUACCCACACGGCAGUGGAGGAAGAUGACGGGGAGGAAGGCCACAUACCUCGUACCCAAGCGCCCACCAUUACGCACUCGCUCCCCCACGACCCGGCCAAGGACCAAGGGGGGCGGCUGGCAAUUGUAAAAAGAGAACUCGGACUGGACUUUACCAGCGGUGCACUUCACCAACACGUGUGCUCUUCUGUCACUUUUCACAACGGUUCUGCUGAGAAUCUGACAAAACCUAACGGUGCUAAUUUGACCACCGGGUCACAUUCCGACCUGAAGUCUGCAUAUAAAAGACCGAUUGCAUCAGAGCCUCAAAGGAGUAUAAUAGCUGCAAUCCCCAAAGACUGCCCAGAGAAUGGACCCAAGACUCCUCCAGACAGGUCAUCGGUUCCACUGAAGAAGAUCAAGCUGGAGGAGCCGUGGAUGUGGAUCACUGAACAGGCCACUGCACAGCUGAGUGAUGAAGACGAGGUCUGCGAAGACCCGUUGUCCACAUUGGCGGCCGUGGUGUGUCUCUCUGUCACAGAGAGGAAGGGACUGGAGGAGAAACUUUUCAGCUCGCGUUCUUCCAUUCUGUGCUCCAUCAAAACAGAACCACCAGAUUUGUACUUUAUUAAGAAAGAGCCUGAGGACUUAAACAAUGACUUGUGUAACAAAAGCCCCCCUGCUGGCCUUCAAAGGACUCCCCUGCUUUUAAAAAAUGACCCUCCUCCACGUGCUUUGCCACAAAGCGUGCAGUCCUUGGCGGAGAGAAGAAAUCUUAGUUUUGAUCAGGCUAUUGCUAUUGAAGCCUUGACUCAACUGGCCGUACCUCAGAGCACCCCAGGGUGCAUUAAAGUUGAAAGUAAGUGUGAACAUCCCAUUUCCACUUCAGCCCCAUUUUCAACUUACAUUACAAAUACAAGCCUGCAAGAAGCCAAACCCACAGCGGCCGUCCUCUACAACAAAGUCUCGGUCAUCAGCUCACCACAUCACCAGACGUCAGUCAUACGCCCCCCUGUGGCCAGACAAGGGAACGUCAUCCAGCGCAUGCAGGGGUCAAGCUCUAACACAAAGCUGUCUCUGCAGGACCUCUUAGAAGCCAGCUCAAACAGUGAUUCUAGCAGGAGGACAGAGACGGGCUUAUGUUCUAACGCUAUCAAGUCUGAAUGCAGCUAUAAAUACCCCAGUGAGAUGAAGCUCAGUAGAGAUCAUGAGCGCUUGUUUGGGGAGGACAGAGACAGGGUUGUUAAGGCGAGGAGAAACAGAGAGGAAGAGGAGGUGGCCGCUCAGCUGGCCGACCUGGCCUUUAUCAUCCAGUCUCGACACAGCCAGCAGUCAGAGAACAACCCUCCAAAAGGAACCCCUGUGUCGGCCAUCAAGUACAACUACAACUCCCAGCUGCCCCCCAGUCAGAAAAAGACCCCCGUGAAAAAACCAAGGGCAACGCCCGCCAAGCCCAGGAAGAAGAAAAGUGAUGGACCUAAUGAGGGCGUCAGGACCCCCCUCUCUAAACGCACACCCAAUGGAGAGGCGGCCCAGAGGAGCAGAGGCCAGAAGGUUCAACCGCUGGGGAAGUCAGGCCUGCAGCCCAAGAGGAGCCUGUUUCUGCCACAAGCUCAAAUUGACCUGAAGAGAUACUUGGCUGAGGCUCAGGAGGAAAGGAGACAGCUCAUCCAUCCCAGUAACGCACACAGCGCUCUCACAAGGACCGACCACCCUCACGAGCACCAUCCCUGGUCCCUUUCAAACGGUCCAGUCCACCCACACAAUCCAUGCAACGGUCAUGCUGCCGGACAGGGGCAGGAAUACGCAAGGCAUUUGUUAACUCAGGUAGCGCAUCCCUUCGGCGCCGACCCCAACACCGGCCCAGCUGAUGCCGCUCUCCUCGGCCACACCACUGGUCUGCACAGCCGGGCUAACGGCUUCUCGAGGGCUCAGCAGUCCCCUCCUCCGAGCCAGCAGGGCUACUACAAGCUGGAGAGGACAGGACCGGUCACCGUGCUGUCCACUGCUACGGAUGGGGAUCUGGGCCACUCUGCAGAAUCCACUCCAAUCAAGAACGGCGUCAACGGCUUUCUGGAGUCUCCUAUGAGUUUUAUGGAUACCCCGACCAAGAAUUUGCUCAACACGCCUUCCAAAAAACUGGCUGAUCUUCCAUCCUGUCAGUGUGUGGACCAGAUCAUUGAAAAGGAGGAAGGCCCUUACUACACCCAUCUUGGAGCGGGACCCAAUGUUCCUGCAGUGAGGGAAAUGAUGGAGAACAGAUAUGGUGCCAAAGGAAAUGCAGUGAGGGUGGAAGUUGUUGUUUACACUGGGAAAGAAGGAAGGAGUUCCCAGGGGUGUCCGAUAGCUAAAUGGGUGAUCCGGCGUGGCAGUGAGCAGGAGAAGCUGCUGUGUUUGGUCCGCCGCAGGCCUGGGCACCACUGUGACACGGCCGUGUUGGUGAUCCUCAUCCUGGCGUGGGAGGGAAUCCCUCGACCGGUGGCGGACAAUCUCUACCAGGAACUCACGCAGACCCUCUUCAAACGCGGCUCGCCCACCAGCCGUCGCUGCGCCCUCAAUGAAGAUCGAACCUGUGCAUGCCAGGGUUUGGACCAAGACACCUGCGGAGCUUCAUUUUCCUUUGGGUGCUCCUGGAGUAUGUACUUCAAUGGCUGUAAGUUUGCCCGCAGCAAAGUGCCCCGCAAGUUCCGCCUUCAUGGAGACUACCGUGAGGAGGAGGAGAAGAUAGAGGGCAACCUUCAGAGUCUUGCCACUGACCUCGCACCUCUUUACAAAAGACUGGCCCCCGAGGCCUUCCAAAACCAGGUGGAGAACGAGGCAGCGGGGGGCGACUGCCGGCUGGGUGUGAGGGAGGGACGUCCUUUUUCGGGUGUUACGGCCUGUGUGGAUUUCUGUGCCCAUGCUCACAAGGACACGCACAACAUGAAUAAUGGCAGCACCGUGGUUUGCACUCUAACCAAGGAAGAUAACCGCGCAGUGCGCAACAUACCGGAAGAUGAGCAGCUCCAUGUUCUGCCGCUUUACAAGAUCUCGGACAGGGAUGAGUUCGGUCACGUUGAGGGCCAGUGGGACAAAAUUCGAAGUGGUGCUCUUCAAGUUCUGUCGGCUUUUCCCCGAGAGGUGCGUCUACAGGCUGAGCCAGUGAAAUCUGCCCGCAAGAUAAGGCAAGAAGCUCGUCUGAAGGCUCAAGCAGAUAAACUGGAGAAGAAGCUUGGGCUCACUCCUCUCACUCCGGGGAAAGUGAAAAACGAAACCCCUAAAAAAGAACCACAGGGCCUCUACGCCUCGUACAGACUACCACCCAGACCUGCCAGCACUGGACGGUACCCAGCGGAGGGGAAUCCAACCAGCACUUACAACCAGAGCACCAGCAGCUACCCCACUCUGGGUGCAGAGGUCACCCCGCAGAAGAAGCUCACUACCCCAAAUCACCACGGCCUGCCUGGCCUCCAGUCGGGACAGAAUGGCUCCGCUCUUAAUUAUAAGACAGUGAGUGACGGCAUGGAUGGUUAUUCUCCAGCAUCUGGUGACCAGAGGGUUCGCAUACCUCCACACGAUGCCCUCAGUGACUACCCCCACACUUUUAAAACUGAGCCCCACGAGGUGCACUGCUCUCCUCUUCUCAGACCCUCCCCCAGCGGGAGCGCUCCUCCCCACUCCUCCUUCUCCCCCCGACCGACCUCUGAGGGCCUCUUCAGUAGGCUUAACGGAAUGCACAGGCCUGCAGAAGAGGCCACGCCAGAGGUCGGGGGUCACGGCUUUCCUCCACUCUCGUCCCUACACCUUCCCCCACACUCUCCCUCGCUGGAAGCAGAGGAAGUCAAGCAAGAAGAGGUUUGGUCGGACAGCGAGCACAACUUCCUUGACCGCAAUAUAGGCGGAGUCGCCGUGGCCCCAUCACACGGUUCCAUCCUGAUAGAGUGUGCACGCAGGGAGCUCCACGCCACCACCCCUAUCCUCAGGCCGAACCGCAGCCACCCCACGCGCAUCUCCCUGGUCUUCUACCAGCACAAGUCUCUAAAUGAACCAGGCCACGGGAUGGCCAUGUGGGAUGCCAAGAUGGCCAAGCGGGAGCGGGAACGGGAGGAGGAGGCCGAGAGAUUGAGGAUGGAGGAGUGCAUCGGCAAAUGUGUGGGGAACACAGGAGCUGGAGGUGGGGGGCUACAGAGUGAAGCAGGGGAGGAGGCCGAGGGGACGAGGAGGAUCAUGAACGUCCCCACGCGUCAAGCGCGGACUCUCCAGAGGGACGGUGUCGUCACCGCGUCCCCUUAUGCUCUCACCCAGGUGACGGGCCCCUACAAUCGCUGGGCUUAGUUAAUGUGUUUUACACACAGACACAGAAAACUCCUACAUUCUUUGCUUCUGCCUUACCUCAAUCAACUUUGAACUGCUACUCUCAUUUUUACGUCGUUUUCAUUGUGCUUUUUAGCAUCUGUUUGUUGACUUUGCCCUUCUUCAUCUCUGCUUUCAAAGUGGUGAGGAAGACCAAAGUAUGUUGGCUUUUUUACUGUGAGUCUCUGUGAUAUUAUUGAGAUGGUGCUUUAAAGCAUUUUUUAAAAUGUUUUUAAUCUGGUUUUAUAUACAUGAUUAAGAACAGAAAAAGGUGAUUAUUUAUUCUGAUCAUAAUAAUUUCUAUUUAAUUCCUGGUGUAAGCCUGUUUACUGCAAAUGUUAUGAUAACAUGCAUCAUCUGUUGAUGUUUUCUGUUGUACAGUAGGAAUAUGCUCUUUAUUUCAGCCAAUAAUUUGCUGUUAACUAUGAGAUAUGAAUCUUGUUGGCUUUUAUGUUGGUGCCAUUCUCUCUGUUCAUCAUUACAUCGCAUAAUGUAGAAAGCAGGACUAAUAUUGUGCAUAUAUUUACUACAGAUUUUCAGAUGUAGCAUUUCUUCUUUAUCUUCUCCCUCCAGAAGCAGCCCUUCUGGCAGCCCAUGAAAGAACCACACUUCCUUGUUUUGUUUUAAUUUCUCUAUGUCCUGAUGGUUUGUCUUUUAUUUACAGAUAGGAAUGGCAUGUUACACCAAGAAGCACUUUUUUAUUUUCUUAAACUUAACUUGAAAAGGGUCUCAAUCCAUAGGCCUGAUUAUGUAUAUACAGAUAGAGAUAUACAGUAUAUGACAAUUUAGCAUGCACCCUUCUUUAUUUUUACAGUAUUUCCGUGUUUAUUUUCAUCCAUUUGAUUGGAAAUGGCAUUGGAAAUACAGAUCUCAUGAAAUUUCAAAAUGUAAUGUAAUGAGGAAUCAUGAAAUGCUUCAAUAACGAAAUCUGAAGUCUUCUGGAAACAUCAUUUUUAAAUUCUUGCAUAGGGCACAAGUGUGAUUACAGGCUUUCAAAAAACGUCAUGGUGCUAAUAAAACCUCUGUAUUUUACAUACAUAACAAAGAGUCUGACAUGUCAACAGAAUAUUUACAGUCGUCCUGUCCACACGCUGGAUUUUAAUAUUAGCCGACACAAAACUGUGUCGGCUAAUAUUGGAUGAUCAAACUAUUUCUUCUUUGUACUCUGCACUGCUUUUGUUGGAAAACCAUUCCAACAUCAAAUUCCUCUCAAACAAUUGCCUAAGACGAUUUCUGGGUGCUCGACAGUUGUGGGGACUUUGUUUACAGAUAAUAGAUUUGUAUUCACAAGGCCUAAAGAAUGAGGUUUGUCUCAACUCCUGGUUGACCAGGAUCUGUAUUUGUUACUACCCAUCAAAGAGAGGCUCUGUAUUUUAAGACAACAUCAAAUGAAUUCAUCCCCACCGACACCACUGAUAUCCACACUAACACUGGUGGAAUAAUGUAUCCGUUAUGUACUUGAUGUACGUCAGAAACAUUCUGUUCUUUCAGACACUUCAACUUUUUCUUGGUGCUAAUAGAACAAGAAGUCAAGGUACACGCGUUGACUUGACCGGGUUAUUUACUGUAGAGUGAUGGCAUGGUGCUUUAAUAAAACUCACACUGCUCUGUAUAUGUUUCAACAGUAGGUUUACCAUUUACGUGGAUGAUUACUGGCUGAGGUGCUUUGGAAUCUCCCACCAUUGAUCAUGAGGUUUUGGUACCAGUACCAGUAAAAAGUGAAUUAUUGUGCAGAUGUCCGUCUAGAGUUCAAAUAAAUGUCUUCCACGGAUAACCAAACUGUAACAUGUAUCAAAACACACAUCAUGCUCUCAAAAUGAAAUGAAUGUAAACUGUUUGUAAAUCAUUUGAUUUAUAAAGAACAUUUUUGAACACGAGACAUGACACAAUUACAGUUUUAAACAUGUCCUUUGAUUUACUGUGGUGGACGUUCUCAGUCCACACUAAAAGUCUUUGUAUUGAUGAGUAUCUAAGAACUAGCACCAGCAUUAAAAAAAAUAAAAUAAAAAAAAACUUUUAUUACUAGAAAAUGUGUAAAUAUGAAUGUGAACCAUAUUGUUUUUACUGUAAUGUUAAUGGUGUUUAGACUAUGGAUGAUCUUGCUUAUUUUGAAACUGAAUUACUGUAUGCUUAAAGUAUAUCCAGUUUAGACUUUAGAAGAGACUCAAUUUAGCAUUACUUGUGUGGUUGGCUAAUCUCUUUUUUGGGAUUGUGAAAUAAAGUCAUAUUUAUAUUUUGGACCUGAA